AGUGGUGGUGGUAGAUGUGGAGGUGGUCGAGGUGACCCCUCUUACCACUACUCAUGCGUACGGACCAAAGGAUUCAGAAGUAUCCUUUUCAAUAGAAACGUUGCUGGCAUUGUCGUGGUGUACCGGAAAAUGACGACAGUGUCCGAGUCGAUGAACCGUUCCGAGUUAUCCAAGAAUUGGAUGACACGUGGAAAGUCGAAAGAUGAAAGUCGAGGGAAAAAGAAAAUUGCAAGAAAUUGAACGGUGAUAAUGUAAUUCGAUUAAUCAAACUCGAAAAAUUCGACUGAUCGUCGUCGUCGUCGUCGAUUGUUCCUAUUAACGCGCGGAACGAACAAGAGUUUUGAUCCAUCGAUCGAUCGUAAAGAAUCGUUUUGCUUUUUUAUUUUCCUUCUUCUCCUUUAAAGAAUAAGAUAAACAGGGAAAAACAUCGUAACUUCUUUUGGGUCCAAUCGAAGAAUAGAAGAAACCUUGGUGCCUUCGAUUCGUUGAGAUCGACGAAGUUACUUCGACGAACGAUCUACUCGCGGUUUACCAAUCCCGAUGGUUUCAUCGUUCAUCCUGUUGCUUAACAAAGUUCCUGCUUACGUAGAGAAUCCUCGUUAGACGGCGAAGACGACUAUCGUACUUUGAUGUGGAACGUAAGAAGUUACAGGAAACGCUUCAAAUUUAGUGAAACUUAACUAAGGUUAAAGCAAGGCAACUCAUACAGGAUUGUAAAUAAAGGACUUCCUUAAACUUUGAUACCGUGAACACUGCCAGGAAUGUGCUUACCAGAAAAUUUUCAGAGCUAAAAAUCGUAGCGCAAUAAACAAGUAUAAUACGUUGAAGGACAAAAGUGAUAGAUUAGUAAUAACCGAAUAAAGAUAUAUGUAUAGUAAAGGGACAAUAAAUAAGUAAACAAGUAAAUAAAUAAAUAAAUAAAAAGGAAAAGGGAGGAAGGACGGAAACGUAUCGCAUCACGUUUUUUAUAGAAAGCGAGAAGACUCGCAAAUCGGCGAGCGAUCGGUCGCGAGAUCGGUGAUAUGUGUCGCGUUGGCUCGUUGAGCCUCGAUGUGCUUGAUUCAGCGAGCAUGAAGCAUCCAUCGAGGUCAACGGAACUCGAGGUUGCUAUGGCACUCUUCGGCAUGGUCUGGCUGCUGCGAGUUCGUUCGGAGAUGCGUCGUUGUUCAAAGUGCCGACACGAGGAGAUGCUCGCCAGCCAGCAACAACAUCAGCAACAGCAACAGCAGCAACAACAACAACAACAACAGCAUCAGCUUCAGCAGCAUUCACAGCAUCAACAUCAACAACAACAACAACAGCAACAACAACAACAACAACAGCAACAGCAGCAGCAGCAACAGCAGCAACAACAACAACGUCAUCAGCAACGUACGUUGUCGCAGGCAACCAGUCUUAUUCAUACACCCGAUGAUGUUCUCACGUCUUCGGCCAACACGCUUUACACUCUGGAUACACCAGGUGCUGCUGGUCCAGCUGGCAGCUAUUGCGAGGUUCACGGAUACGUCCAGGCCAAAGAAGAUAUUCAAGAGUUUUAUGAGCUGACGUUACUCGACGAAUCGAAAUCGGUGCAGCAGAAAACGGCGGAGACGAACCGCAUCGCUGCCAAAUGGGAAGCAAGCGACGGUCCAAUCACGCCUACCUUCGCCCAGAAUGACGACGGUCCAGCCUCGGCCUUCCCGUUGACCCAGACUCUGUUGAACAUUUACGGCCGCAGGUCGAGCAGACCUGACGUUCCAGGUCCCAUUGAUGAGAAUCAGAAAACACGUUACAACGCGGGAGGUGUGGAGGAACAAUUGCCACCACCACCGUCACCACCGCAGGUGAAGGAGGGAAGCCAGUUGGAUGGAGUUCCUAGACCAAAUUCGGUCGAACGUAUUCUUCAUCCUGAUGCUACUACUCAACACAUACUUACGACUCAUGAAACAUUGAACAAGGUAAGUUUCCAAGACGUCGAGCAUGCCGUUCGAAGCCACGUAACUCCGAGCCACGACAGUUGGCAAGGACACGACGGCGAUCAGGCACACACUCCUCUGCUCGCGGCGGACACAAGACACGUAAACGGCGACGAUGAUUGGGAGUACGAGGAGAUCGUUUUGGAAAGAGGUGGGGCAGGUUUGGGCUUUAGUAUCGCCGGAGGUACCGACAAUCCACACUUUGGUAACGACACGGCAAUUUACAUCACCAAACUUAUACCGGGUGGAGCAGCAUCCGCGGACGGACGUCUUCGUGUUAACGAUACGAUCCUUCAGGUGAAUGAUGUCUCCGUCGUCGACGUACCGCAUGCGGCCGCCGUAGAUGCCCUUAAACGUGCCGGCAAUACCGUCAAAUUGUACGUUCGCCGACGGAGACACACGCAGCUGAUCGAAAUCGAAUUGAUCAAAGGCAAUAAAGGUCUUGGAUUUAGUAUCGCUGGUGGUAUUGGUAAUCAGCAUAUACCUGGUGACAAUGGGAUAUACGUUACGAAGAUCAUGGAAGGUGGAGCUGCACAGGUCGAUGGUCGUCUCGUUGUUGGAGACAAAUUGGUAGCGGUUAGAAACGCCAUGCAGGGCGACAAGAACCUCGAGAAUGUUACACACGAGGAAGCUGUGGCAACAUUGAAGGCAACUCAAGACCGUGUAGUACUUUUGGUGGCUAAACCCGAAGGCACCUUACCUCCACCGCCACCGGCUUCGGAUCGUUCGGUAUCACCGCAACCACGCAAGCAAAAUGGAGCAGUGUCAGCGUUGGAGAAUAAUUCGACGCUACCGUACACGCAAGAAUCUCGUCAUGCGUCGUCUCUAGCGCUUCACGGCGUCGCGACGCCUCGCGCCGUUUCACAGGAAGACGUCUCUCGAGAAGUCCGUACGGUCGUAUUGAACAAAGGCUCCUCGGGUCUGGGCUUUAAUAUCGUAGGAGGUGAAGAUGGCGAGGGUAUCUUCAUCUCCUUCAUCCUAGCCGGUGGACCAGCCGAUUUAAGUGGUGAACUUCGUCGCGGCGAUCAAAUCUUAAGCGUCAAUGGCAUCAAUCUACGAACAGCCACCCACGAGGAGGCUGCAGCGGCCCUUAAGGGCACCGGUCAAACAGUGACGAUCGUUGUACAGUACAAGCCCGAGGAUUACAACAGAUUCGAAGCAAAGAUCCAUGAUCUCAAACAACAAAUUUCUCAACAGAAUAUGAUGACAGGUACCCUCAUGAGGACCUCGCAGAAGAAAUCCCUUUACGUAAGAGCUCUAUUCGAUUACGAUCCUAAUAAGGACGAUGGAUUGCCAAGUCGUGGAUUGGCAUUCCGUUAUGGGGAGAUUCUACACGUGACGAAUGCGAGCGACGACGAAUGGUGGCAAGCACGAAGAGUAACUCCUCAAGGUGAUGAGGAAGGGCUUGGUAUAAUUCCGUCGCGUAGGCGAUGGGAGCGUAAGCAGCGUGCCAGGGAUCGUUCGGUCAAGUUUCAAGGUCACAUGCCGGUCAUUCUCGACAAGCAAUCGACGUUGGAUAGGAAAAAGAAGAAUUUCUCGUUCAGCAGGAAGUUUCCUUUCAUGAAGAGCAAGGACGACAAGUCCGAGGAUGGUUCGGAUCAAGAACGGUCGCCCACAACACCUGAGAAUGAAACCGAUCCUACGCCAUUCAUGCUGUGCUACACCCAGGACGACACUAACACUGAAGAUUUGUCUUGCGUCGCAGGGAGUAGAGAAAUUUUGUAUCGCGUUGAACUGCCCUAUAUGGAAGAACUGACAUUAGUUUAUCUGGAAAAGGAGUACGUUGAUGAUGAAAAUUGUGACGAACUUUGCAGCGAAGAGAACGUACUCUCGUACGAGGCUGUCCAACAACUCACCAUUCAGUACACACGUCCGGUCAUCAUCCUGGGACCUCUUAAGGAUCGUAUCAACGAUGAUCUCAUCUCCGAGUUUCCUGAUAAAUUUGGCAGCUGCGUACCUCACACGACGAGGAGUAGAAGAGAAUACGAGGUGGACGGACGAGACUAUCAUUUCGUAGCAUCUAGAGAGCAAAUGGAAAGAGAUAUUCAAAAUCACCUAUUUAUAGAAGCGGGACAAUACAAUGACAAUCUUUAUGGAACGUCCGUUGCAUCUGUUCGAGAGGUCGCCGAGAAGGGAAAGCACUGUAUUCUUGAUGUCAGCGGAAAUGCUAUCAAGAGGUUACAAGUAGCACAACUUUAUCCUAUUGCCAUAUUCAUAAAGCCGAAGUCCGUCGAGUCCGUUAAGGAAAUGAAUAAGAGAAUGAACGACGAACAAGCUAAGAAGACUUACGAACGUGCUCUAAAGAUGGAGCAAGAAUUUGGAGAAUACUUUACUGCCGUAGUACAAGGAGACACGCCAGAAGAGAUCUACGUUAAAGUAAAGGAAGUAAUCGCCGAACAAUCAGGACCCAACAUUUGGGUACCUUGUAGGGAUCAGCAACUGUGACGUCCUGCCCCCCACGCCCUCCCUGGCCCCAAUGCUUGGACCCUACCUCCAAGGCGUCAAGCUUAAUUCAUCUUGAUAAAAUAAUUAAGUAACAACACUCUAACGCCUUUCCCCUCAUCUCCACGAUCCUCCACCCACCUAAGUAGCACAAUGUUGUAACUAAUGGAGAAAAAGAAAGCGAGAUAGAGAGUAAUAAAUGUGAAUCAAGCUGAGCUGACUGAAGAAGAAGAAGAAGAAGAAGAAAAAGCCAAGGAAUAAAAGAAAUUUUUUCGACAAAUCUGUUUGAAUAUAAAUCAUUGAUUUAAAGAAUUCUAAAGAACGAAUAGCAAAAAAAGAAAAAUGAAAAAAGGAGAAAGAAGAAAAAAUAAGUCAUAUAAUACACGUUCAAUCUAUUUGUAUAAGUUGACUUUACCCAGAAUAGAAGAAGGACUUGGCUCAAAUUUUCACGGUCAACAUCGACGUCCUGUCUCGGUUUGGAACGAACGAAGAAUAAAUGAGAGAGAUCGUGUGCGCGUGUGUAUGUAUAUGACGAAGAGCGUACGUUGUUAUUGUUGCUGUUAUGUCUCUCGUAUGAGAACUAGUAAAAAAAGGAAGGAAAUAUGUAUCGUAACAUUUCAAUCGAUUGACCGCGUAUUGUUGUUGUUGCGGUAAAACUCGGCUCGAUCGAUAUUUACGAAUACUAUUCAAGUGCAACAUAGGACGAUUUAAUAUUACUCUUAUCGAUCUUGAAAACAAAACGUACACGCGCAUGCACGCACACGUAUACGCACGCACACAUACACUCACACACAUACACACACAAAUACAUAACACACAUACACAAAUAUAGCAGACACAGACAAAAACAAAUGAUGAUUCGCAAUAAAGCGCAAAUGAGUACGCUUUUCUAAGCGACGAAAUCGAACGAAACAAUUUUUUUCUUCUCUCGCUAUUAAAAGAAAAAAAAUAAAUAAAUAAGAAAAAAGAAAAAAAAGCGUCACACGAUCGUUCAAAAAAUACGCACAGCAUUGUCGUAUAGUAGGGGUUUCUGCUUUAAAAAAAUAAAGGAAAAAAAAAAGAAUAUAACAAUAAGAGGAGGAGGAAAAGGAGGUCUAAAUAAAUAUAUCUUCGAAACGAAUAGUGUAUAAAAAAGAUGAGACAGAUGCGAAGCAUCAUCGAUAUGAGGAAAAUUAUAUACGAGUGGUGGUGGGAGGAGGAGGGGGAGAGGAGGGAAAGUGCAUCGACUUUCCGACCGACCACACGCAAACUAUGUAAGCUUCACCGAUUAUAUUCGAGCGAUGUAGCGGUAUUUUUUAAUGUACUUAAUCGCGCUAGAGCGAAAAUCGAAGAGGAAAAGAAGAAAGGAGGAAGAGGAGGAGAAGAAGAAAAGAAAAGGAGAGAUGAGAAGUUAAAAAAAAAAAGAAAGAAGAAAAUAAUUGCUUCUUAUUAUAGAGAGACGUGAAAAUGCGUCAAAACGAUAGAGAGAAAGGGAGAGAAAGACAGAGAGAGAGAUAGAGAGAAAGAGAGAGAAGAAAUAAAAAAAAUAAUAAUGAGAAACGCAGCUGAUUGGUCUCUUUCUCUCUCUCUCUCUCUCUCUCUCUCUCUCUCUCUCUCUCUCUCUCUCUCUUUCUUUUUCUCUGUUUCUUUCUCUCUCGAUAGGGAUACGUGAGGCAAUCGUUUUUCGAUUGUCGAGAAUUCGAUGCGUGUAGAUUGAGAAAUAUAUUAAAUGAGACUGCGUAUUUGACGAUUUUGACGAUUUGACGAAUUGUAUCGACUUCUCUUCCGUCGAUCAUUUGUCCAUGAAUAAUAAUGUAUUACAUACGUGAGUGAAUAAUUAUAAUAUCGUAGUGUUCAAUUCAACGAAUUGAAAUAAUGAAAUCAUAAAAGGCAAAAUCUGAUUUUAGAAAUUGAUAUAUCGAAUUGACGAAUGAUCGGGAGGAAGAAAGCGUAUAAUUUAUGUUCGUGACUCGUCUCUAAGUAAGAAUAUUACAGGAUCUACGCGUAUCUCUAAAGUCGAAAGAAAACGGAAAAAGAAAAAGGAAAAAAAAAAAAGGGAAACUAAACCUCACAAGACAAAUCUUAUAGAUGCUAGAAUAGCGAUAUAUAAUGUUUUGUACAGCUAGAUGACUAAGCCAGUAUUGGGUUAUGUGCAACAUUAUAUAGAUGGAAGAAGAGGACGACGAGAUGACGAGAUGAAUUUAUGAGAAGAAAAUACUAUUGUAAUUUAAAAUGCCACACUAAAUUAUUAUUAUUACGAUAGUAGGUAUGUAUUAUUGUAAAUACCUAUACCGGACGAGAAUGAGAUCGAGAGAGAAAUACAUAAACGAUGGGAAGGAUUUUAUCCAUCUACGCGAAAACUCUCGAUCGUUAAAUACGUUCAGAAUGAACCGUUCGAAUUUGUGUAAUGUAACUUGCAAACAAGAAGAGGAAAAGAAGAGAAGAAUGGCGCGAAGCGAGAAAUAGGGAAAAUAUUAAGAGAGAGAGAGAAAGAGAGAGAGAGAGGGGGGGAGGGAAGAGAGCAAAGUUUUAACAGUUUUAAAAGAUCGACGCGUCGAUUUAUCUUUACCAACGCUUCUCGGUGUAUGAUUAAGUUCCUGCCGAUUGCCUCGGAUAUUAUCGUGUACGUUCGAAUGAUCGGUAAUCGCGUCAACGAUUGUACUGAUAAAUAGAAUGGAUUUAUUAGAGACGAAUAGAAUGGGAAGAAAAGAGAAAAGGAGAAGCGAAAUAAGAGCGAACGAAAGAGAUAAUAAACGCGUAAAAAGAGAAAAAGAAAUAGAGAGAGAGAGAGAGGGUGGAGAGGAAGAGAGAUGAAGCAGGAUAUAUUCGAUCGCGAACUGUACUUACGUCGCUAAAAAAAAUUCCGAUAUAAUUAAGAAAAUGGGUGAGGGUGUAGUAGAACAUUAGGAAGGAUCGAAAGCAGCGUGAUCGAGUCGUUAGACAAGCUAUUAAAAAAAAAAAUAAUAAAAAAAUAAAAAUAAAAAAGUAAUACAAAAAAAAAAGCAAGGCGAAGUUCGUCGAUCUAAGUGUAAUAUAACUAUUAAUCGUGUAACGUUAUAAUUUGUAUCGACUAUGCACGGUGAUUACACGUCGGUCCUUUUCCAUUCGACCAUAUUAAAAUCGUCGUGAAGCGGGAACGGUAGAACGCGCCGAUCGUUAGAAAGAGAACACAAUUAGCCUUUGUUAUCGCGUAGAAAUGAAAAGAAAAAAAAGAAAAAGAAAAAGAAAAGAUGAAAUAAAAUAAAAUAAAAUAAAAUAAAAUAAAAUAAAAUAAUGUAAUAAGGGGCGACUGAUUUUCGUUCGCUUUUCUUUUUUACACGCGCGAACGGAGAUUUGGUAUCGAGCUAUGUGCGUUUAUCGCGAGAGUAUUAUUAUUAAUUAUUAAUUAUUAUUAUUAUUGUUAAGAAGAGUGUCGCGAACAUGUUGAAACGGUGGGAGGGAAAAGCUAGCAAGAGUAAAGAGAUAGAUAGAUAGAUAGAUAGAUAAAGAGAGAAAGAAAAAAAGAGGGAGAGGAUGAGAAAAAGAAAGUACUAGGUCGAGGAGAAAAGUAUCACUGUAUUCCGUGCUGGUUGUGUCCGAAGAUAUUGCAGAGCCAGGCUUCAAUCGAGUAAAGUUGUCUGCCUCCAUGUAAAGGAACGUAUUAAGAGAAUAAUCACUACCGACACUUAUUAUACACCUCUAUAGUCUAUUUAAUAAUAUUACUUAUUGAAUUGUCAAUCUCAUGUUCACCUUGUUUCAUCGUUUUUAAAUAGUUAAUAAACGUUUUACCAAUUUUAA